AUGAAGGAUGCUGAAGCGGAUUGGAAAAAUCUUCCAACACUCUCCCUCUUGUUAAUUCUUGAUAAAUUAGAUGUUCCUAGCAAUCCAGUUCGAUUUGGUGCAGUCUGUAAGCAUUGGUAUUUCGUCUUCAGUAAUUUUCUUGACUUGAAAAGGCGAUCAUCACCUAAUAUAGUUCCUAUGUUAUUGAUUCCAACGAGAAUGAGCAACAGAGUUCGACAAUUAUGCAGCCUACAGAUCAAAACAAAAUUUUACAAUAUCGAGUUACCUGAGUCUCAUUCCAAGAGAUUUUGUGGUUCUUCCCAUGGUUGGUUAGCUGCGGUAGAUAAAAAUAUGGUCAUAACUCUCUUAAAUCCUUUUAAGAAUGGGAUCACAAUUGAUCUCCCCGAGAUUGAAGUUAAUCCAAAGUCAGCAUCACAUCAAUAUGAUGUUCAUAAAGUUAUCUUGUCAGCAGAUCCUUUAUCGCAUUCGGAUAGUUAUGUGGUUGUGGUUAUCUAUGGUCUUAGAUGCAGAUUAGCCUUCUAUAAACCAGAACGAAAAAGUUGGAUAUAUCUGGAUAAGGGUCUAACAGCUUUCACUGAUGUUAUUUUUUAUAAAAAUUUAGCUUAUGCUAUUGGAACUCGAAGCUUGAUUGUAUCUUUUGAUGUCAAUGAUGGUUUCGAUGACAAUUUGGAAUCACCAAAGGUGAAGAUACUAAUGCCAGCAUGUCGAAAGGUAGAGGAUAAUGUUGAUAGCGCAUAUCUUGUUGAAUCAUCUACGGGAGAUCUAUUCUCUAUUAAAAAGGAAAUUGAUGUUGAGGACUAUCAUCCUUGUGCUCAUUUUACUAAGAAUUUCAAAGUUUUCAAGUUGGUUUUGGAUGAUCAAAGUGGUAGGUUGUUGGAGAAAGAAGUAAAAAAUAUGAAUGGUGACGUAGUGUUUGUAGGUGAUAAUCACACUUUAGCUGUUUCAGCUUUGGAUUUUCCUGAAAGUCAACCUAAUUCUAUAUAUUUCACAGAUGAUUAUUAUAUUGCUACUGAAUAUUGGCCACUUGGCCCUCGAGAUAUUGGUUUUUUCAACAUGAAAGAUGGAAAGGUGGGAAAAUAUUAUCGAUUUAAACCUUGGCACAAAUAUUUACCUCCUUAUAUUUGGGUCCAACCACCAACUGAAUUUGUAUUACGUUAA